AUGGAGGUAAAUCUUCUCCUCGGACCUUGCAUUUACAACGCCAGCGAGUACCACGUAUCGUAUUCCAUUUAUCAAAAUCACAGCGGUCACGUCUACCAGUUGGCGACAUCGGCACAACUCGUCACGCCGCACUGGAGCGGCGAGUCCGGCCAUCGACGCAAACUCCUGGGAGGUGGCGGCGCCGGCGUGAGCAAACAUCUCAAAUCUUACUUUUCAACCCACAUCCUGAGCGAUUAUAAAUCAACGCACGGAAGCGCUUGGAUGGAGUUCACAACGGAUUGCCCGGAUCCCGUCGCAAUCUCUGUCACGGCUGUCGACACGGGAUUGGUUGGCGUCGCUGGAAUGUGGUUGGGUUUGGUUUUACUCAUCGGUGUCUUCGGUUUGAUCAUGACCGAGAUCAUUCACCGCACUCUCGUCGCUUUCCUCGGAGCGGCUGCAGUAUUAUUCAUUCUUUCUCUGCAGCACCGUUUGCCGAACAUUGCGACCAUUCUGACCUGGAUGGAUCACGGCACGCUGGCGCUUCUCUUCGGCAUGAUGAUCAUCGUCGCCUUGCUAAGCCGGUCAGGAGUGUUCGAAUACCUCUCUGUUCUCAUCGUGCACCAUUCUAAAGGUUCGAUGUGGCGACUUUUCGUCAUGCUCAUGAUUUUUGACGCGAUUUUGUCGGCGUUCCUUGAUAACGUCACGACCAUGCUACUUCUCGCACCGGUCGCUCUUUCGUUGUGUAAAGCCUUGAAGAUCGACCCGAGACCGCUGUUGAUUCCGAUGACGAUAUUUGGUAACAUUGGUGGGUGCGCUACGCUUAUCGGUGAUCCACCGAACAUCAUCAUCGGUAACGCGUUGAAGGAGUACAUCGGCUUCGUGGAUUUCUUGCGAGUGCUCGGGCCGGGCGUCAUCCUCACGAUGCCAUUCAUCUUCGCGUUCAUGAGAUGGUACUACAAGGACACGCUGUUUAACCAGAAAAUCAACGUGGACAUCGAUGAACUGCGCAAAAAGUAUCCGAUUCGUGAUAUGAACUUGCUCAUUCGAAGCGGAACUAUUCUACUUUUUGUCGUUCUUCUCUUCUUUUUGCAUCCGGUGGUCCACAUGGAGCCGGCAUACGUCGCGUCGUUCGGUGCGAUCGCCAUCUUACUGACGGGCAAUCAUGAUGAGUUUGAAUACGCGCUUGAAAAGGUCGAGUGGGACUCCUUGCUAUUCUUCGCUGGGCUCUUUGUGUUCACAGAGGGCAUUGCGCAACUGGGUUUGUUACGCGCCAUCGCGGAUGAACUCUCCAGACUCGUCGCCUCCUUCCCGGAGGGUCAGCGUCAAAUCGGAGCGAUGUUGAUCGUUCAACUCGUGGCUGGUUUCGCGAGCGCAUUCGUGGAUAACAUCCCGUUCACGACAACCAUGCUUCCAGUCAUCGUUCGAUUGAGUGAGAGCGUCGAAGGUAUCGCCAUCGAGGCACUGGCUUGGGCGCUCUGUUUCGGUGCGGAUUUCGGUGGGAUCGGUACACUGAUCGGAUCGAGUGCAAACAUUGUCAUCGCCGGUAUCGCCGCAGAGGCUGGGUUCCCCAUCUCGUUCAACAUGUUCUUCCGCGUCGGUUUCCCGGUGAUGUGCUUCUCGCUGUGCAUCGCCGGCGCGUACCUCGCCGCGCUCGAAGGCGGGGGAGUGUUCAAACCAGAGGUCAAAUCAAGUAAGUACUAG